UUUGUCUCUUUUCACAAUUAGUUUUACUAGUCAGUGACUUUUCUUGAUUUCUACUAAUUGUUCAACAAUCAUGGAAGGUGGUAUUGAUCCAAAUGACGCUCGUCUCAAACAAUUAAGGAUUAAAACUGGUGUCCUUAAGAGGCUUCACAAGGAAUUACAAUGCUAUGAACGAGAAAGGACUGUUGAAUCAACCAAAUUGGAGGAAAUGAAAUCCGAAAAUGCCGUGGCCAAUGAUAUAGCCCACCAGGAAAAAGUAUUGGAGGAAACUGAGAAAAUGCUACCUGGAUGCAAGGAAAGAUUCGAGGCUGCUUAUGUUGACCUGAGAGGAUUGGUCAUGGAAUCUGAGGAGCUAUGUGACUCGGAACUUUAUAAAGCGGCUCAAAAUCUACUGGACACUAUUCGUAUUUGAACCAUCAGGGUCGUUGAGAUCAUUUUUAAGUUCGGUUUAAAAUUGAUAGCAAAAUCGCAAACGUUUUCCGUUUUUCUCUCAACAAUUUCUAUCAAUAUGAUCCUUUAUGCUUUUUCAUUUAUCACCGUAGCUGAACUGAAUUGAAUUAAUCAAUGUUACUUUAAUUUGCACCAUUUUUGUAUUAUUACAAGUGAACUGAUUGGAAAUAAAGUUCAUCUUUUUCUUUCUCGA